GUCAUAUUAACUGAAAUGCCUGCGAGAAAGCGGGAGGACGGUUCGAGUACCAGCUGCCCAUUACAGGUCCUUUACUCCUGAACUUUUUUACUGGACCAGUAAACUUGUUUUUCUUUUUUCUGCAAUCAUGAAUCCGCCCUGUGGGAGAUGCAAUAAACCAGUUUACCCAACAGAAAAAAUAAACUGCCUUGAUAAGUAUUGGCACAAAGGUUGUUUCAGCUGUGAGGUCUGCAAGAUGGCCUUGAGCAUGACGAACUACAAAGGCUUUGAGAAGAAACCUUACUGCACUAUGCAUUACCCCAAAACCUCCUUCACCAUAGUGACCGACACCCCCGAGAAUCUGCGUCUCAAACAACAGAGCAUGCUUAAUAGUCAGGCGCUCUAUAAGGAGGAGUUUGAAAAGAACAAGGGGAAAGGUUUCAGCGCCGUGGCUGACACUCCAGAGAUGCAGAGAGUGAAGAAGACACAGGACCAGAUCAGUAACGCCCUUUACAAGGAGGAGUUUGAGAAGAGCAAGGGGAAAGGUUUCAGUGUGGUGGUCGACACUCCAGAGAUGCAGAGAGUGAAGAAGACACAGGACCAGAUCAGUAACAUAAAGUACCAUGAAGACUUUGAGAAGAGCAAGAUUCGAAGUGACGCGCCUCCUCCGGAAAAUAGGCAAGACUAUGAGGACCAGCCUUCCAACCCUGUCAGUCACUUCAGUCAGUCUGCUGGACAAAUGCGUACUGCUGCUGUAGCACCACACAGUGGAGGGAAGCGCUACCAGGCCAUGUACAGCUACAUGGCAGCUGAAGCGGAUGAGGUUUCUCUGCAGGAAGGUGAUCUGAUCUUAGAUGUGGAGCCGAUAGACGAGGGAUGGGUGUUCGGCUUUAACCAGCGCACUGGGCAGCGGGGCAUGCUUCCUGCUAACUAUGUACGACCUGUGUGAAACAAACAGUUCUGCCCAGCAGAUAUUAAGAGAUCCACCUCCUGCCCUGUGGAUCUGCUGCCUGCACCUGCAAUCAGGCUUUGAAAUCACCUUUUUGCAAAUGAAAUAUUGCAUUUAAAAAGCAUCCCUGCCUGGUUCUGCUUUGCAUUUUUUCCAUAAAUGUAAUUUUCAAAUCGUAUGUUGGGGCUCUGCUUAUAGUUUCUUUGACUUCCAUGAAGAAUAAAUAUUGAUAAUAAAGCUUUUAUGUUUGUAAUAAGGUCAAAGGAGAAAGGAGGAAAGGAAACAAAUUCACAAUAAAACCCAUUCAUCUUCA